UAAAAAAUAUGCCGCCAUUCAGUUAAGCUUUGUGAGGAAUUUUAAUAAUUAUUGUUGCUGCAUUGACAACAUCCGUGGGGACUUAUGCAGUAUGUGAAUACCCAGCCACGCAUAUGUGGAGGGAAAUUUAAAGCCAUUGGCUCCAAGUGCUACUAUAUUGAACACGAUAAGGCCCAGUACUGGAUUAGUGCUCUGUACCAAUGCAGUCGAUUGGGCGGCCACCUAGCAAGUAUUCAAAGUCAGCAGGAGCUCGAUGACAUCAGCAAAGAACUAAUGCACAACUCGCAAUACUUUAUUGACCUAAACGAUCUAAACCUUGAACAGGAUAAUUUUAUAUCUGCAACAACAGGCGUGGAGCCAAGUUAUAAACACAAAAAUCUAGAAGAUGAAAACGGCAGAAAGGGCAUUCUGCCCUUUGGCACCUGA